CCUUUUUUUCCUCUCGAUUGAUUUUCUUUCUUUGAUACCCAUACCUUUCGCACUCUCUCCACCAUGUCUCCCGCUAUCGGUAUCGAUUUGGGAACUACCUACUCCUGCGUAGGUAUCUUCCGUGAUGACCGCAUCGAAAUCAUCGCCAACGACCAGGGUAACCGAACCACCCCUUCGUUCGUUGCCUUCACCGACACCGAGCGUCUCAUCGGUGACUCCGCAAAGAACCAGGUCGCCAUGAACCCCACAAACACCGUCUUCGACGCUAAGCGAUUGAUCGGACGCAAGUUCGCCGAUGCUGAGGUCCAGGCCGACAUGAAGCACUUCCCCUUCAAGGUCAUCGACAAGGGUGGCAAGCCCAUCGUCCAGGUUGAGUUCAAGGGCGAGGAGAAGACUUUCACACCCGAGGAGAUCUCCUCCAUGGUCUUGACCAAGAUGAGGGAGACUGCUGAGUCUUACCUCGGCGGAACCGUCAACAACGCCGUCGUCACUGUCCCCGCCUACUUCAACGACAGCCAGCGUCAGGCUACCAAGGAUGCCGGUCUCAUUGCUGGCCUCAACGUCCUCCGUAUCAUCAACGAGCCCACUGCCGCUGCCAUUGCCUACGGUCUCGACAAGAAGACCACUGGCGAGCGUAACGUCUUGAUCUUCGAUUUGGGUGGUGGUACUUUCGAUGUCUCCCUCCUUACCAUUGAGGAGGGUAUCUUCGAGGUCAAGUCCACCGCCGGUGACACUCACUUGGGUGGUGAGGACUUCGACAACCGUCUCGUCAACCACUUCACCACUGAGUUCAAGAGGAAGCACCGCAAGGACCUCACCAGCAAUGCUCGUGCUCUUCGUCGUCUCCGCACUGCUUGCGAGCGUGCCAAGCGUACUCUCUCUUCUUCUGCCCAGACCUCCAUCGAGAUCGACUCUCUCUUCGAGGGUAUCGACUUCUACACCAGCAUCACCCGUGCCCGUUUCGAGGAGCUCUGCCAGGACUUGUUCCGCUCCACCAUGGAGCCCGUCGAGCGUGUCCUCCGCGAUGCUAAGAUCGACAAGUCCUCCGUCCACGAGAUUGUCUUGGUCGGUGGAUCUACCCGUAUCCCCAAGAUCCAGAAGAUGGUCUCCGACUUCUUCAACGGCAAGGAGCCCAACAAGUCCAUCAACCCCGAUGAGGCCGUUGCCUACGGUGCUGCCGUCCAGGCUGCUAUCUUGUCUGGUGACACCUCCUCCAAGUCCACCAACGAGAUCCUCUUGCUCGACGUCGCCCCGUUGUCCAUUGGUAUCGAGACUGCUGGUGGUGUCAUGACUCCUUUGAUCAAGCGCAACACCACCAUCCCCACCAAGAAGAGUGAGGUCUUCUCCACCUUCUCUGACAACCAGCCUGGUGUCCUCAUCCAGGUAUACGAAGGCGAACGCGCACGGACCAAGGACAACAACCUCCUCGGAAAGUUCGAGCUCACUGGUAUCCCCCCUGCUCCUCGUGGUGUCCCCCAGAUCGAGGUCACCUUCGAUGUUGACGCCAACGGUAUUAUCAACGUCUCUGCCCUUGAGAAGGGCACCGGAAAGACCAACAAGAUCGUCAUUACCAACGACAAGGGCCGUCUCUCCAAGGAGGAGAUCGAGCGCAUGUUGGCUGAGGCCGAGAAGUACAAGGCUGAGGAUGAGGCUGAGGCUGCCCGUAUCGCCGCCAAGAACGCUCUUGAGUCCUACGCCUACUCUCUCCGCAACACCUUGAGCGACUCCAAGGUCGAUGAGAAGCUUGACGCUGGUGACAAGGAGAAGCUCAAGGCCGAGAUCGACAAGACCGUCGCUUGGCUCGACGAGAACCAGCAGGCCACCAAGGAUGAGUACGAGUCCCAGCAGAAGGAGCUCGAGAGCGUUGCCAACCCCAUCAUGAUGAAGUUCUACGGAGCUGGUGGUGAGGGUGGCAUGCCCGGCGGUGCUCCUGGAGGUCCCGGUGGCUUCCCUGGUGGUGCUCCCGGUGGCGGCCACUCCGAUGACGGCCCUACCGUCGAGGAGGUCGACUAAAUGCUCAAUUUUGAGCCACCUCCAUCUCCUUUUUUUUCUUCAGCAUAGAGAUUUCCCUUGGGCGGUCAUCGGAGUUCUUCGGCUGGUAUAGCCAUUUUUCAUGUUUCCUAAUGCAUUCCCGGAUGAGUUACGAUCAAUGAC